AAGCUUCACUCUUCCCCCGUCUUCGUCGCCACUUCAAUUCUUCAACGCCUCCAGUCGGCCCCCAGCGACGCGAUCGCCCAAAUCCCGCCGGCCCGAUGCCCGCCGCCGUGGCCGCCGCGGCGGCGGUCGCAGCCUCGGGCGGCGCGCUCCUAGUAUACCUGCUCAUCACCACCUGCCGGCCGCCGGGCGCCGAGGGGCCGGCGUCGGCGGAGGAGGAGGCGUCGCGGCCGGAGGACGGCGAGGGUCCCUGGCCGCACAGCCCUCCCGUAUCGUGCUGCGAGGCCGCGUCGGUGGCCGCGCGCACGGCGCGCCGGGCGUGGGAGCUCACCGUCGGCCGGUGGGGCCUCCACGGCCUCGCCUUCGGGAUCAAGCGCCACAUGAAGCGCCAGGGUAAUUUGCAGCAUGAGUAUAGUGGAAGUGACUGCCUUCAACUAAAAGGUCACGAUGCACAUACUGAAGUAGCUUAUCUUCUUGACCACCUGAAGCUUUGCAUGUUCUACUCAAAGAAUAGGUUUUCUGAAUUUCUGAAGUUUGGUGGGUACAGUCAAGAAGACGUUCUCAUCCACAAGUCUAGGGCGAGGCUUAUGCAGCCUUCCUUCGUACUUGUGCGUGACCAAAAAGCCAAGUGUUUUCUUCUUUUCAUCCGCGGUGCUAUCAGUCCUAAGGAGCGCCUGACAGCAGCAAGUUCUGUUGAAGUUCCUUUCCACCAUAUAGUUCUGAAUGAAGGACAGAUUGACAACGUAAUUUUAGGGUAUGCACAUUGUGGAAUGCUUGCUGCAGCUCGUUGGAUCGCUAACCUUGCCAUGCCCCCUCUUCGCAAUGCAGUACGAGAAUUUCCUGACUACCAAAUAAAGGUAUUUUUUGUCAAGUUCUUAUUUUAUUUACCUUCCUGAUGAAUUUAUUGAUGU